AUGGUACAUGUAGACACCAAUGAUGUAAGGAACGUAGGGUUUCCAGUUUGCAAACCUGACGUGAUCUCACAGCUGGAACGAGGGGAAGAGCCGUGGGUCCUAGACCUCCAGGACUCUGAGAAAGGAGUGCUUCCAAGAGCUGUCUGCACAGGAGAUGGGAUGGUGAGUCAGAAUGAGAAGAAACCCAAUCAGGAAGAUGCUGAGCAAGGAGAACCACAUGGAACUUUAUUAGGAAGAUCCAAAGGGAAUGUUUCUGGGAGUUGUGCACUCCCAGAGAAAACAAAAGCCUGUGAGACUCUGCACAGGCCAGAGGGAAACUUUAGUAGCCUCUCAGACCUUUUAACAAGCAACAGAAUCAACUUGGAAGAGACACGCUACACAUGCCAUGAAUUUGGGAAAAGCUUCAAUCAGAGCUCUACCCUUGUCAGACAUCAGAGAAUCCACACAGACCUUAUCACACACCAGAGAACCCACACAGGAGAGACACCUUAUACAUGCUCUGAGUGUGGGAAAAGCUUCAUUCACCACUCUGCCCUUAUCACACUUCGGAAAAUCCACACGGGAGAGACGCCCUACACAUGUGCUGAAUGCAGGACAAUCUUUAGUCAGCGCUCACACCUUAUCACACAUCAGAGAAUCCACAGAGGAGAGAAGCCCUACACAUGCGCUGAGUGUGGAAAAAGCUAUAGUCGGAGCUCAAACCUUAUCAUACAUCAGAGAAUCCACACAGGAGAGAAGCCCUACACAUGCUCGGAGUGCGGGAAAAGCUUUAAUCAGAGCUCUGCCCUUAUGAAACAUCGGAGAAUCCACACGAGAGAGAUGCCCUACACGUGCUCUGAGUGUGGGAAAAGGUUCAGUCAUUGCUCAAGGCUUACUAGACAUCAGAAAAUCCACAUGAGAGAGAAUUCUAAUAAAUCCCCUGACUAGGGUUGACCAAAACAAUUUUUUUAAAAAAAUCAUAUUUGCUAAUUCACACAUAGUGAUUUGAAUCAUCUUCAUCGUGGUCUCUCAGCUCCAUCACAUCAGUAGCGUUCUUCUGCCUUUUGCAGCUCAUCCUUCCUUGGGGUCCGUCCUAUGAUCUUUUCUAUCAACUCCUUUCCUUUUGAGUCAUAGCAGUUUGUGUCCCUCCAGCCAGGAAUGUUCAUCAGUUCCAGGUUAGGGAGAGAGGUUUGAUCCCAACAAGCUACACUGAGGCAAAAACUACCUGUGCCUUCCAUCCAUUAGGACUGUACAUGGUGUUGGCUGCUCAAGUUAGUCAUCUUGGUGUAAAAAGUUGUAGUUCAGAUGCAGCCCAGGUGCAGUGGUUGGCAUUAGCUUUCCCCUUGACCUGACCUAAACUCCAUCACUGUUCCUAGUCUAAACUAACCCUGAGAAUCACAGUUAUCCUGUUCCCCCAUUUCAAAGCCAUUGUUAGACAUCGAGUUCUCCCUUGGGGAACAAAUUGUUUAAUUCCCAGUUGCUCUGAUGUUGCUUCAGGUUGUGCUGGAGAGCAGAUAUUUUUAUUAUCAUUCUCGGCAUUUAAAAUAUAUUGAACUAUAACAAAGAGCAGGAACAGGGCAGGGAUAGGGAAAAAUGUCAUUUCAUCCAUUUUAACAACAGACGCAGUUAGGGUAAGUCAGAGGGAUUCCCUUAUUCCCCAUCACUAUCCUUCAAUCCAUGCUAGAAUCUAGGAAUCCUUUUCCUUUCCUCAGUUGUGGGAUGGGAGACUUCCAAAAGUGCUCCCUGUGCUAUAGCACAUGUUUAAGCUCAGAGAAUAAACCCCAAAUAUCCCCUGA